CACACACAAUCGUCUCUCUUUAUAACAACUUCUCCUCACCAUUCACCUCCGAUAAGAAAAAACAACUCUUAUUAUAACAAGAAAACGAUCAUUCUAAAGAAAAAGAGAGAGACAUGGGUUGUAUUCACUUCGAGUCAUCAUCAGAUCAAUGGACACGCUCUGUCCAAGACCAAGAAACAUCCAACACAGUUUCACCACAACACGAACAAGGAGGAGGAGGAAUCCAAGAAGCUUGGGACGAGAUCGAGACUCGCCGAGGUGGUGUUUUCGCCGGAGAGAAUAAGAACAAGCUUGAGAAGAGGAAGAGCCAAGUGCUGCUCGAGGGAUACGUAGUGGAGGCUGCUGAUCAAGAAGAUCUUACGAGAGGUAAGAGUUUGACGGAUGACGAUCUUGAGGAGCUUAAAGGCUGUUUGGAUCUAGGGUUUGGGUUCAGCUACGACGAGAUCCCUGAGCUCUGCAACACUUUGCCUGCUCUAGAGCUUUGUUACUCCAUGAGCCAGAAGUUCUUGGAUGAUAAGCAGAACCAAAUGUGUCCAGCUGAAGAAGAUUCUCAGCCACCACCACCGACCACGAGCAACCCAGUUGCAAACUGGAAGAUCUCUAGCCCUGGUGAUAAUCCAGAUGAUGUAAAAGCAAGACUCAAAUACUGGGCACAAGCCGUAGCUUGCACUGUCCGGUUAUGUAGCUGAACAACAUUCAUCAUGAUCUUGUCUGAACAUAUUGGUUGAAUCAGGAGCAAAAAAAAUCUACUGAUGAAGACCUUUCCUUUGCAUGAAUGAAGUCUCUGCCCCUUGUUAGCUGAGAAUGGACCUGCAUUAAUUGUGUGACACAUGGAGUAACUGGUUUGGUUUUACUUUUUUUUUUAAUUGCAUGUUAUGUGUAUUAGUAUUAUUCGUCUAGUGUUUGUUAAUGAAAAAUAAAUGUGUUGCUGAAUAAAAAAAUUCAAAUUCUUUUGUGCGUU